GUAGACAGGCGCGACAGUUCCCGUACCUGCCGCCCCCCGCCCUCGAGAACCCUACCGGCAGGUUGGGGCACCUUAGUAACCUACAAGUGCAGCUCUUUGUUGAGAAGAGAAAAGAAGACAUUAAAACGUUUCUCUUCAUCAAAGAUGUUAACGAAGGGUCAUGAGAUGGGUCUCCAACAUGUAGUCAUUCAUCCUCCUCUUUUCCCGUGACCGCUUGGCUGCCUCAUUGUUCUUACGACGUUUCUCCCAGUAGAGGCCAUCCUUCUUCUCUUCAGGUAAGGGGCAUGGGGAGUGCAGUCUGUGUUCCUGGAGCUGCCACCUGAGAGCAAGGCAAAGGCGGGGCUGGGACAUGUUGCACCAUAAUAGGGAGAGAGAAAGGAGGGGGGAGGAUGAAACAGGUGCACAUUAUGAAAAGCAGCUAAAGAAUGGUUAAGAAAACAACCAUGUUCAUCUCUCGCUGUGGUCAGUGGAGCUUUGUGAUUGAUGGCGCUGCUGUGUCACCUGGUUGCGAGUGUUAUACAAUGCUUAAGUACAUCACUGGCAAUCACUGCAGCACAAUCUGAGUCUUCGCCAAACGUCUGAGACUCUUCUGCAUCAUGGCCAAGGAAAGUGUUGAAUCUGGCCUCACAUGGGAGGUGAGGGCAAACAGCCGACUCUACCACAAACACCAUCAGAAGAAAUCCUUUCUGUGCUUCCGCUGGGGCCGAUACGCGGACAAUGUGGUACGCAGCUAUAAGUACUCCCCCCUGACUUUCCUGCCCCUGACACUGUUUGAACAGUUCCAGCGAGCAGCCAAUCUCUUCUUCCUCCUCAUGAUGGUGUUGCAGUGCGUCCCUGCCAUCUCGUCCAUUCCCUGGUACAUAACCAUCAUCCCGCUGCUCCUUGUGCUCUCUGUGAGAGGGCUGAAAGACCUCAUGAACGACAUGGCAAGGAGACGCAGUGACUCCGCGAUCAACUCCCGACCCUGUGACGUACUCAUCUCCCGGAGUUUCAGCACAGCACAGUGGAAGGAUCUGUGUGUGGGAGAUGUUCUGCGGAUCCACAAAGACCAAGUCAUCCCUGCGGAUCUUCUCCUCCUGUGCAGUUCAGAGCCUCACAGUCUGUGUUAUUUGGAGACAGCAGACAUCGAUGGAGAGACUAACCUCAAGUACCGACAGGCGCUCGCUGCUACACACAAUGAACUGACCUCUCACCCCUCAGAGGAGACGCUUGCUACCUUUGAUGGUGUUGUGCUCUGUGAGGAACCCAACAAUCGCCUGUACACCUUCAGAGGCCAGCUCCACUGGCGAGGAGAGUGUUUUCUGCUGGACAACGAGCACAUCCUCCUGAGGGGAACAGUCCUACGCAACACAGAGUUUGCCUACGGCUUGGCCAUAUACACCGGCACUGACACUAAGAUCCUGAGGAACUGUGGGAAACUCAGAGUGAAGACGACCCAAACGGAGAAAGUUCUCAACAAAGUGGUGAUCGGGAUAGUCCUGUCUGUGCUGCAGGCAGCACUGCUCCUCGCCAUCGGCAGCGGCGUGUUUGCGCAUCAGGUCAUGAGCCAGACGGAGGCUCUGUCUGCUCUGGUGGUUAACGGCAAUUCAGUCUACACUGGGUUCCUUGUUUACUGGAGCUACGUCAUCCUGCUCAGCCCGGCCAUGCCCAUAGCUCUCUACAUCUCGUUUGAGGUGAUCCACACGGUCCACAGCCUGUUUAUUGGCUGGGAUAUGGAGAUGUAUUGGCAGCAGGCAGACAAACCUGCCCAGGCCAGGAAUACCUCCCUGAGUGAGGAGCUUGGUCAAGUGAGAUACCUGCUGAGUGACAAAACUGGGACAUUAACCCAGAACUGUCUACUCUUCAGACAGUGCUGCAUAGCCGGGGAGAUCUAUGGUGAUGCAUCAGUCAGGGCAGAAGACGUGGAGCCCAUGGACCUAAGCUGGAAUCCUUUCUCCUGCGGUGGUCUGUUCAUGUCGGCUCCGAGCCUGGUGGAGAGACUCAGAGGACAGCAGUGUCCACUCAGUAGACAGUUCCUUACUGCACUGACUUUAUGUCACACUGUCAUGGCAGAUUGGAAGGAAGAGGCUCCAGUUUACCAGGCUGCGUCCCCAGAUGAGAGGGCUCUUGUUGGUGCUGCCAGGGAGCUGGGCUGGGUCUUCCUCUCCAGGACAAGGGACUUCAUCGUUGUCUCUGAGCUGGGUGUCACUCGGCAGUAUCAGCUGCUGACACUGAUAGACUUUACCAGCAAGAGAAGACGCAUGUCUGUACUGGUACGGGAGCCUGAGGGUGGGUUGAAGCUAUACUGUAAGGGAGCUGACUUAGUGAUCCUGGAGAGACUGCAAAAAGACUGUCCACAUCAGGAAAGGACUGAAACAGCCCUGGAGCUGUUUGCCCAGGCCUGUCUGAGGACUUUGUGUAUUGCGGUUCGAUCUGUUCCUGAGGCAUCGUGGGAGCAGUGGAGUAAGACUCUGGCCCAGUCUGCUGCCAUGGCGACCUGUGACCGUGAGGCACUACUGGAAAAGCUUUAUGAUCAGAUGGAGAGAGAGCUGCAGCUUCUAGGGGUGACAGCAAUAGAAGACCGGCUUCAGGAGGGCGUUCCUGAAACUAUUGCUCUGCUUCAAAAGGCUGGGAUUAAAGUAUGGGUACUAACGGGGGACAAAAAAGAGACUGCAGUUAAUAUUGGAUAUUCAUGCAAACUACUGGAUCCUGGUACCAGAUUACUGGAAUGGCAGGAGCUGAGACAGAUACUCCAGUCCCCAGACCCAGGGGUUAGUUUCUUCAAGGCCAGACAGACGGAGCUGUGGGCUGUAGACAAGGAGACAGCUGGAGCAAAGACUGCUGUGGUCCUCACUGGACCUGAGCUGGCAGAGUUUGACCAGAGACCAGAAUGGGGGGCCACAUUCAUGAGCCUGGCAGAACAGUGUCAGUCGGUGUUAUGCUGCCGUGUAACGCCUGGACAGAAGGCUGACAUUGUGACAUUGGUCAGGAAACACACCAGCUCGGUCACCAUGUCCAUCGGGGACGGUGCCAAUGAUGUGAACAUGAUCAAAACGGCUCACGUUGGUGUGGGACUGACAGGAGUGGAGGGAGGACAGGCAGUGCAGAAUGCAGACUUUUCAUUGUCCCAGUUCAGAUUUCUGCAGAGGCUGCUGCUGGUCCACGGUCGCUGGUCCUACCGGCGUAUUUCCCUCUUCAUGCGCUACUUCCUGUUUAAGACCUGUAGCUUUGCUCUUGUGCACAUAUGGUUUGGUUUCUUCAAUGGCUUCAGUGCUCAGUCUCUCUAUGAGACAUGGUUCAUCGCUCUCUACACCGUCUUGUACACAGCGUCCCCAAUUAUGUGCGUGGCCUUCUUUCAACAGGAUGUGAGUGCAGAAGGCAGUCUGAAAUGGCCGGAACUAUACAAGUCUGGACAGAAACAGGAGCUCACCAGUCCUCUGGUCCUGACAGCGUCACUGCUGUAUUCUGUCUACUCAUCGCUCGUUUUCUUCUUCAUCCCGUGUGGUGUCUUCUACAACUCAGCCUUCGACUACCAGACCAUGGCAGUCACUGUCGCCAUGGCAGCCACAUUUACUGCCACCAUUGAGAUUACGCUGCUGACCAGGAACUGGACGAAGUUCAAUAUAGCAGCUGUGUGUGUUUCUGUGGUGUUGUUCUUCAUCUGUACCAGGAUCACCCACAACCCCCGCCUGUUUCAGAGAUCACCCAGCGACUAUCUCUUCCUCGGUGUGUCUGAUCAGGCCUUCAUCAAUCCAGUUGUGUGGCUCACAGCUCUGCUCACUGCCUGGACGGCUGUUUUGCCCUCAGUGACCGCCCAGGCCAUCAAUGUCAUCCUCACCAGCCAUGACAAACACAAGGUCCACAGCACCUCCUAUAAGUCAGUGGAACUAAAGUCAAAUUUCAGGAGAGGGUCGUCUCGCCGCCGUUCCUCAUACGCUGUCUCUCAGGGGGCGGGGCCCGGACAUCUCAUCACGUCAGGGACCGGCAUCCACAGCACAGUGCCGACGGUGGAUGAGAAGGUGACUGCAAGUUAUAACCCUCAGGUAGUGAUGGACCAUGUUGUGAGAAACCAAAUGGCAUAUCAAAUUGAUGCAUAAUGACUGACUGACUAAGCCUCUGAUAUGGCAAAAUAUGUGAUCCUAAAUUGCUUCUGCAACAUAGAAUUGAAUCAAUGAUUUUUUUAUAUUUCUGUACUUCAAACAUGUAUUUGUGGGCACUUCUUAAUCUUUUCUAGGGCUACUAUUUUCCAAUAAAGUAAAUUGUAUAAUAUACAAAAUACAUUAUGUACCGUUAAUCUUGUUUAUUGUCUUUACGUAGACAGUUUACCACCGUAUGAAUAUCUCUGAUCUUUCUUGUGUGAGGCUGUUGUGGUAAAAAUCUAAUUUCCAUCUGCUGGGGUCACAAGGGAUUUCCUUUGAAGAUCAAACCAAACACAAUAAACCGACAGCACCGCUUUGUUUUA